AUGACGCAAGAAUUCAUUGAUAAAGUAUCCUCGUACUUGACACAAGAUGUAGACAUUGUACCUAUUUCGCAGGGUGCAGAGGCCAUUGUUUUCUCAACCACUACUCACCCAUAUCUCCCAAAAACAAAGGGCUCUCAUGAAAAAUAUAUCAUCAAAUAUAGGCCACCAAAGCGUUAUAGACAUCCCCAAAUAGAUCAGACGUUAACAAAACAUCGUACCUUGAAUGAAUCGCGUUUGUUGGCUAAGCUGUACUUGAUUCCAGGACUAUAUGUGCCGCAAUUAAUAGCGUGUGAUCCGUACAAUGGGUUCAUUUGGCUAGAGUUUCUUGGAGAAGAUCUUCCUGGGGGGUAUGGUUUUAGUAAUCUCAAGAACUUUUUGUGGAUGCACGAUCAAGACCCAUAUAAUGAUCUUGUGGCAGCUACGCUACGCAAGGUGGGCCGCCAAAUUGGGUUGUUGCAUUGGAAUGAUUACUGUCAUGGCGAUUUGACAAGCUCCAACAUUGUUCUAGUGCGAGAUGGCGCCACAUGGGCGCCUCAUCUGAUUGACUUUGGUCUAGGUUCAGUAUCAAAUCUAGUCGAAGAUAAAGGGGUCGAUUUAUACGUAUUGGAGAGAGCUAUUCUAAGCACACACUCAAAACAUGCUGAAAAGUAUAAUAUUUGGAUCAUGGAGGGGUUUGAAGAGGCCUAUAAUGAACAAGGUACUAAAGGUGCAAAGAAACUGAAAGAAGUUAUGAAAAGAUUUCAAGAAGUCAGAUUGCGUGGUCGUAAAAGAAGCAUGCUGGGUUGA